CCGUCACUAAAUUUGGGAACGGAUUUGGACGUCGUUUCUGGCAUUGGGUGCCUGCGGGAUUCUGCUCUGGUUGUCGUGAGUAGUUGUUCUUCUCAGAGCUCUUCGGGCCAUUCCGUGCGUGGUGUGGCUCGACGAGCGUGAAGCAGGCAUCGCGUCUGCGUUGGAUUGCAUUGUGCGGCGUCUCGGGGAUUUCUCGUCCUCGACCUCGGACCACAUUUGUCGUGGGUUCCGAAUUCGGCAUUUGGUUUGCUUUGCAGGUGCAUCAGAGUUGUAGCCAUGGCGGAAGCUUCGACUCUAUUUGCCGCGUUGCCUGUUGUGCCCGCUUCUCCUUCUUCGUCUUGGACCCAGUGCAAAGUGCAAUGGCAGAAUGGGACAUCCUCUGGUAACGCGAGUCAUGAGACUACGGCAAUUUCCAUGAAACCCAUAAAAUUUCCUAAGCAACUCACGGAUCUGACAAGACAAACUCGUCUACAAACCUUGCCAGUUUGUGAUGGAUGCUGUUACGUUGCAGGUGGUCGUUUGAGACUCGGUCGUCUUGCUCGUUGUCCUCGGGUUCGUGCAGUUUUAGCUAGUGAUCCUCCGAUUGCAAGAGAUGAUGCGGAAGGGAGUGGUAACAGGCAGAGCGUUUCUGUGAUAUUGCUGGCUGGUGGCAAGGGCACACGCAUGGGAGCCAAUAUGCCCAAACAGUAUCUACCUCUUCUUGGUCGACCAAUCGCACUACACAGCUUUCAGACAUUUGCUCACAUGAUGGAAGUUCUGGAGAUAGUAGUGGUCUGUGAUCCUUCAUACCGAGACGUUUUUGAAGAGGCUGCUAAGGACGUUGCUGUACCUGUUAAGUUUGCCAUGCCAGGAAAAGAAAGACAGGAUUCUGUACGAAGUGGCUUGAACGAAAUUUCUAAUUCUGCAAAGCUCGUGUGUGUUCACGACUCUGCUCGACCUCUCGUGCUGGUCAAGGAUAUCCGCAAGGUUCUGAAUGAUGCUGCAGUUCAUGGUGCUGCGGUUCUUGGGGUGCCUGUGAAGGCCACCAUAAAAGAGGCAGCUAGUGACGGUUUCGUUACAAAAACACUUGAUAGAAAGUAUUUGUGGGAGAUGCAAACUCCGCAGGUAAUUGAACCGGAGCUGCUGCGGAGAGGCUUCGAGCUGGUGGAGAGGGAGCAUCUGGAGGUCACAGAUGAUGUGUCUAUUGUGGAGCACUUGAAGCACAUGGUCUUCAUCACAGAAGGCUCUUAUACAAAUCUCAAAGUUACUACCCCCGACGACCUUCUGGUUGCUGAGAGGAUACUGCAUCAAGGAACCCCGGCAGGUGUGGUAUCAGUCUGAUGCUAAAGUUGCAGGACAAGGUUGUAGAUGGUGUCUCAGGUACUAGACAGGUCUGUCUGUGAGCAUCCAAGUAUGCUCCCAGUAUUGUAGACGGCAGCAUUUCAGCUAUGUAUCACCAUUGUAUGAGUACACCUUCCGGACAAAAAGGCUGGCAGGUCUGGUUAAUUGCUCUAAUUCACACGAAUAGUAAUGGGGAGUUGUAUCCUUUGCAAUUACUGAAUUAUCUGUAAUAGAAUAUAUUCUGGCUGCUUCAAAAUAAAGCCGAAGAAUGAACUGAGUAUUAAUUGAUAGUUGCGGCCUCUCAGCUGCACGUGUCAUCCACAUAACUUAGAGCAGCUUUCAGCUGAGUCAUUCGUGUUUUUAGAAGCCUUGUAGUAGGGUUGGGAACAGCUAUUCACUGUAAAAACUAGUAACGGGCGCUGUCCCUUCGUUUA